AGUAUUCAUGUCUUACACAAGAACAAUUCAAUCUUCCUGUCAGAUCAACCAACAUCCCGGCUGGGCUUCUUAGUUCCUCGUGUCCAAUACGGCUCGGGCGCCAUGAGGAUCAGUGGUGCCACUGUAAGAGCACCGAGAAGUGAAACCCAACGUUGACAGUAAGAAGUGAUCGUCGACAGCAUUCAGCAUGUGGCCAUUCACUUCUGCGCAGGCUGGUUUCUCGGAAUCAAUACCACCGCAACCAGAACACCUUGCACCACAAGCUUUGCCGUUGCAGCCCAUCGAGGAGCUCUCGACAACGCAAGAUGCUCAGCCUCUGACCAUCACCGGCUGGCCUGAUUCUAGACUGUCGAUACAAUUUCCAAUCCGCGCUGCCCUAGUCAUGGGGACAGCUUUUGUUUCUGGCUUUGGGCUGGGAUCGUCUCAAGGUGGAACAAAGGCUGCCUUCCGCUAUCGAGCCGAGAAUGCCCAUCGAUUACCUCAGACCCAGACCGGUUGGUACCUUUAUCAAAAAUCGAAAAACUACCAUGCCAUGCUUGGUGGCGUAAGAGAAGGUUGCCGAUUUGGCGCUAUAUGUACGGGCUGGGCGACGUUGUUCAUGGUCACUGAAGAAAUGGUCGACCUAUCGAGAUCACGUCUUCUGGCUCGACGUGGUGAUGAUGUCGCAAGCGGACAACGGGAUGCCGCGAGCACAGUCAUUGCAGGCACGAGUCUGGCUGGUAUCUACAGUUGGAAGCGAGGCCUUGAUCAUUUUGCGACCGUCCGUACAGCAAAGACCGCUCUCAAAUUCUCGCUCAUGUACGGACUUGUUCAAGAUCUUUUCGCGACAGUAAGGGGCGAACCGCCAGCCUAUGUCACAUGGAUGAAGAGGAAGAUAUAUCCAGAUACCGACACAGAGAACAGUGGCUAGAGUCAUUGUACUCAUAUAUCUGCAAUGAGUCGGGUCGUUUUCAACUUAGCGAGGCUUCCAGGGUGAGUCUACGCCGAUAUAAGGCCAUUAGAGACACGAGAGAACGGGCAGUCCAGCGUCUGGCACAGUCAUACUGUGACUGCAGCCUGCUGCAAUGUCGUCUGGAAUCAGUUCUGUCGCUGCAAGCGAU